UGUUAUUCCUUUCAAGGUUGGGAACAUGCAAGAAUUUCAUGAACCGUACUCGUUGUUUGAUCGUAAUAACAAGGGCAAGAGUGUGAUGAAUUUUGCUUGUAAUGAUGACCACAUAAAUGUUGUGGGAGAAGGCAUUGAUGGGCAUGUGGAAGGUGGAGAGAAAAAUGAGUACCCGUGGCACCGCAUAAAAUGGACAGAUCAAAUGGUGAAACUUUUGAUUAAUGCUGUUUCUUAUAUCGAAGAGGAUGCUACCCUUGAUUGCAAUACUGGUGGAGGACCAAAGAAAGGGAAGUGGAAGGUUAUUUCAAAGGUCAUAAUCGAAAGAGGUUAUCAUGUAUCGCCUCAGCAAUGUGAGGAUAAGUUUAGUGAUCUGAACAAAAAGUAUAAGAAACUGAAUGAUAUACUUGGGCGAGGCAUCUCUUGCAAGAUUGUUGAGAACCCUACACUUCUGGACUCCAUGGAUCAGUCUGAUGAUGCAAAGGGAGAUGUUAGGAAGAUCUUACGCUCCAAACAACUGUUUUAUCAAGAAAUGUGCUCCUAUCACAAUGGAAACCGUCUAUUUCUUCCUCAUGAUAGGGAUCUUCAACAGUCAUUGCAGUUGGUUCUCAAAAGAAAAGGCACCCAUAAGCGUCAUGGGGUGCUUUUGGGGGCCUGCCUAAAGGGAAAGAAACAAGCUGACGAACAUGAAGAUGUGGAUUUUGGCAAGGCAAUGAAAAUUUUGGACUACAACACAAGAUCCGAUUUUAGUCCACCAGUUGAGAUUACCUCUGUGAGUUAUGCCUCCAAUGGGGAUGAAAUAAGAGAAAGUUCACCGAACCUGUGGUUAAUGUCACGCUCACUUCAGUUUGAAGAGCAAAAGGUACAGAUUCAGGCAAAGACGGUGGCGUUGGAGAAGCAGCGGUUCAACUGGCUGAGGAUUAGCCAGCAAGAAGAUAGGGAACUGGACAAGAUGAGGCUGGAAAACGAAUCAAUGAAACUUGAGAAUGAGCGGUUGGCAUCAGAACUUAGAUGCCGAGAGAUGACUGCUAAUUACCGGUGAAUUGUGUGUUUUGGUGUGUCUUCAUUCGUACACCAAUUUUAUGCUGUGCACCUUAGUUUUCUUUUCCGUUUGUUUUUUUUUUUUACUUUAAAGCAGACUGUUUUGAUCAUAUUUGGGAUUUGACUAAGUGGAGAUGAUGAGCUUGCUAGCACAUGUCAUGUAUAUUGACAAUGAGCUAUUAUAUAUUGCAUACUUGUG